AAACACACAUUGGGAGUGGCUUCACGGCGUCGUGGCGCGAGACCUGCGGAAGAACGCUGCUACAUCGUAGUAAACGGCUUAACAACGAAAAUGCCGCGUUUAUAACAUGGCCAGCGAUUAUAGGUCUUACUUUAGUAUUUAAGAAUUUAAUAAUAGUGGUUUGAGAAGUUUCUAGCAUGUUAGAUUAAAGAAGGAACAUAGAAACAGAACAAUAACUGAGCUCGAUAUUGUUUUAGUGAUAGAUCAGCAGCGACACGUGGCCGUUUCCUCUAACCAAAAGGAGGGAUAAAAGAUUAUCGUCGUUGCUCUCCGUUACUUGCCUCUUUUUCUACCUCUUCGUUGACUACACCCGCUGCUUGCCAGAUGGAGAAGCAGCCCUUGCCAGCUGAUGAUGACAAGACAGAAGCCACAGAAGUUGAUGGGCUCACUGGAGAGAGCAGCCCGCAGGAGACGUCUGAGCCAGACGCCCGAGCCGGAUGGAACAGUAAAAUAGAGUACUUUUUGGCUCAAGUGGGAUUCAGCGUUGGACUCGGCAAUGUCUGGAGGUUUCCAUAUUUGUGUCACCAGAAUGGAGGAGGAGCCUUUCUCCUGCUGUACAUCCUGCUGAUGCUACUUGUGGGCAUCCCCUUGUUCUUCCUGGAGUUGGCAGCCGGUCAAGCCAUCCGACAGGGCAGCAUCGGAGUAUGGAAAUACAUCUCACCCAGGCUCUCCGGCAUUGGUUACUCCAGCUGUGUGGUUUGUUUCUUUGUGGCUCUCUACUAUAAUGUGAUCCUUGCAUGGAGUCUUUUCUAUCUCUGGAACUCAUUCCAGCACCCAUUACCUUGGGAGAAGUGCCCAGAAGAGGGGAAUGUAACAGUAAAGGAAUGUAACGAGAGCUCUCCCACGUCAUAUUUCUGGUACCGCAAAGCUCUGGAUAUCACAGAUUCAAUCGAUGAGACAGGCUCUUUCAACACUUACAUCGUCUGCUGUCUGCUGGCAGCCUGGACCGUCGUGUGUCUGGGGAUGUUCAAGGGUAUCAAGACGUCUGUAAAGGUGAUGUAUUUCUCUUCCAUCUUCCCAUACGUGGUGCUGUUCUGCUUUCUCAUCCGAGGGCUCCUGCUGGAUGGAGCCUUUGAAGGAAUCGGCUUCAUGUUCUACCCCAAGCUGAAAAUCUGGGCAGAUGUGCAGGUGUGGCGGCAGGCAGCUACGCAGGUUUUCUUUGCGCUGGGCCUUGGCUUUGGGUCCAUUAUCGCCUACUCUUCCUACAACCCCAGGAACAACAACUGCCACCGUGAUGCCUUCACCGUCUCCUUCAUAAACUUCCUCACAUCUGUGCUGGCUACUCUGGUGGUCUUUGCCGUGCUUGGUUUCCGAGCUAAAAACAAGGCCAUGGAGUGUGUAGCCAGCAACUUGAAAGACCUGUCAAAACACUUCCACGAAGGUCUUGUGCCCAAUAACGUGAUGCCACCGUUUAACUACUCUGAUCCCAAAUCUGUGGCUCUGAAGGACUACAGAGUCUGGGUCAAACAGUAUGGAUCUAUGGUGCCUGGCAAUUUAACAGACUGUGACCUGGAAAAAGAAAUGCAGAAGGGUGUGGAGGGAACAGGUCUAGCUUUCAUCGCCUUCACAGAGGCCAUGACCCUCCUGCCUGGCAGCCCUUUCUGGUCCGCCCUCUUCUUUCUCAUGCUACUCAAUCUUGGACUCAGCACUAUGUUUGGCACUAUGGAGGGCAUCCUCGCCCCCCUGAGUGAUCGCUUCAAAUGUCUGGCGAGGAACAAAACCAAGCUCACAAUUGCCAGCUGCAUCAUUGGCUUUCUGCUCGGCCUGCUCUUCACCCAGCGCUGCGGGAACUACUUUGUGAUGAUGUUCGAUGAUUACUCUGCCACACUGCCACUCAUCAUCGUGGUGGUUUUUGAGACUUUCAGUGUGUCUUGGUUGUAUGGAGCUGAUAGAUUCCUUAACGACAUUGAAGGAAUGCUGGGCUGGCGUCCCAGUGUUGUUUACAAAUACCUGUGGAAAUACAUUUGCCUGCUUGCUAUGCUUGGGCUGCUCGGAGCCACCACUAUCCGCAUGUUCCUGUCUCGCCCCACGUAUAUGUCAUGGAACCAGGAAAAGGCUUCUGAGGAGUAUUUGGAAUAUCCUGAUUGGGCUCUGGCUGUUUUGGCUUUAUUAAUCAUAUUUGCCACAUUGCCCGUGCCAGUGGGCUUCAUCCACGCUUUUCUACAAAAGAGAAACACACAAACUUCCAGGGAUGCAGAGAAUGGUCACUACAGGAUGGUUAACACUGAGGAAACUGCUAUGACCGACUUUUCAGCACUGGAACAUAGGAAUGGGGACGCUGCUCCGGUUUCCUAAACCCUCAACAAAUGGGCUGUAUUUAAGGAGAAGGAACUUAUCAGUGAUAUAUAAGCUGAUGUAUUAUAAAAGACACAGUUUGUUACUGAGCCUUGCGGUUACCUCACUUGUUCAAAAUGCGAAACACAUCUACAUAAUGCCAGCUGUUAAACUGCAUAUCCGUCAUGGCCUCUGUGAAGGCGAUGAAUUAGGCUACGUUCACACUGCAGGUCUUAAUGCUCAAUUCCGAUUUUUUGAUCAAAUCCGAUUUUUUUGUCUGCUUGUUCACACUACACAUAAAAUGCGACAUCAAACGCGCUCUAGUG